GUAAGAUACAGCUUCGUAAAAUUAGGUGGUCGAGCCAUAAUAUAAAUAGAAAAGGAGACGAGAUUCUCGGCGUGACUUUGAUUGCUCCAUAUCGGACCACCACGGCAUAAUUUCUCUCUCUCUUCUUCUCCCCUAUCUCUCUACACUUGGCCAAACCAUCUCUGCCCCCAGCAUUUCAGAAUGGGCAGCCCAUUCAAAGACCACCACCACCACCACCCCUUCUCUCUCGCUAAGAAGCUUAUUCCUUGGACCUUUUAUGCUAUGAUCCCUUUAGUUCUCUUUCGCUUGUAUUUUUACCCUUACCCCCUCCACCACAUCACCACUCCCAUUCUCACCUCCUCCUCCUCUGUUUCUUCUUCCACUCCUUUCGUAGAACAGGAAACUUCUUGUGACUACACCAGUGGUAAAUGGGUCCGUGAUAAAAGAGGUCCUUUGUAUAACGGCUCAGCCUGUGGCACAAUCAAGGAAGGACAGAAUUGCAUCGCUCACGGCAGGCCCGACAUGGGUUAUCUCUACUGGAGAUGGAAACCAAAGCAUUGUAAGCUCCCAAGGUUUGAACCCAGUACAUUCCUCCAACUCCUUAGAAACAAACAUUUAGCUUUUGUCGGUGACUCUAUGGCUAGAAACCAAUUGGAGUCACUUCUUUGCAUGCUAUCCUCUGCUUCUGCCCCUAAUCUAGUUUAUCGAGAUGGUGAAGACAAUAAGUUUCGUAGGUGGUACUUUGAAUCUCACAAUAUCAACAUCUCAGUUUACUGGUCACCAUUUCUCGUGAAAGGUGUGGAAAAAUACAAUACCGGUCCCAAUCAUAACCAGCUGUAUUUGGACCAUGUUGAUGAGAGAUGGGCUGCUGAUAUGAAUGGAAUUGACAUGAUUGUGUUAUCAAUUGGUCAUUGGUUCUUACAUCCUGCAGUGUAUUAUGAAGGCGAUCAAGUACUGGGUUGUCAUUACUGUCCUGGUCUUAAUCACACUGAGAUUGGAUUUUAUGAUGUCUUGAGGAAGGCUAUAAAAACCACACUUAAGGCUCUAAUUGACAGGAAAGGGGCUAAUAGCAAUGGUAUUAAUGCAUUCGUGACUACCUUUUCUCCUGCCCAUUUCGAAGGUGACUGGGAUAAGUUAGGUGCUUGUCCAAAAACCAAGCCUUACAAGGAGGGAGAGAAAGCACUUGAAGGAAUGGAUGCAGACAUGAGACAAAUUGAGGUUGAAGAAGUAGAAGCAGCAAAAAUGAAUUCUACACAGCUUGAAAAGUUCAGAUUAGAGGCACUAGAUAUUACCAGUUUGUCAUUAAUGAGGCCAGACGGUCACCCAGGUCCAUAUAUGCAUCCAUUUCCUUUUGCCAAUGGCGUUACUGAGCGCGUGCAAAAUGAUUGUGUGCAUUGGUGCUUGCCUGGGCCCAUAGAUACUUGGAAUGAGAUAUUGCUUGAGGUUAUAAAGAAAUGGGACUCUGAAUCAAGAAGAGAAGAAUGAGUCAUGACAAGGUUACUGUGUAAGAAUGUUAAUUUCGAUCUAUCUGGGUGGUGGCUGGUUUCGACUGAUCAAGAAGAUGGCAUAAAUGGUGCCAACCACAAUGAUCCUUUUGGACUAUACUUAGGUCUGGCUAAAAUGUGAAGACGAUGUCAACGUAAGAACAUGGCCAUGGUCCAAACAAUUUGCAACCUUCCGCCGAGGAAUUUGUUUGGGUGUGGGUUCGGAUGCUGCCUAAACCCCUUUAAUUUUAAAUGUAAGUUUCUUUUUAUUUUACUUUUUCAAGAAACACUUAAAUUAUCUGCUUAAUUAAUUUUUUAUAUUUUACCCAUUUCGUUUUAGAGUAUGGAGAUUUCUUAGAUUCAAAGAAUUUACUUAUUAUUGGUA